AUGGGUUUGAUACGGAACCUCAUCUCAACCCUACGCAAGGACGACGCGCGGCUGCUCCGAAUCCCGCCGUACCUGUCCUUCCUCUGCAUAGUCGUCGGAGUCGCGUACAUUCUGCCUUUGCCGCUGCAAGAAUACUCAAGGCAAACCUAUAUAUCGGAGAACGCGCUGUUGCCAGGACAAGUCCACACGUACUUUGGCGGGAGCGAACAAAAUGUCUUCCGAGCGUAUCGGCAUGAACUGUCGACAGUGCAGAACGCUGAUCCUACCGCCGAAGUCAAUUCCACCGUGCCUAUCGGAAAGUCCACGGCUGCAGGAGACAGGAGGAGUGACAAGAUAGAGGAGCUCUUCCGUAAUGCGGGCCUGAAGACUGCGAGACAACGGUACUCAUACACCACACCCAGCGGCACCUUUGAGGGAGAGAACGUCUACGCCGUCCUCCAUGCUCCAAGGGGUGAUGGGACUGAGGCCAUCGUUCUACUUGCGCCGUUGCGAAAUAUCGACGGCGUCUCGAACGUGAACGGUGUGCCCCUCCUGAUCUCUCUGUCCAGGUACUUCAAGCGUUGGUCGCUAUGGUCGAAGGACAUUAUAUUUCUGGUUACUCCCGACAGUAUUACUGGACCGCAAGCGUGGAUCGAUGCCUACCAUUCGACUCACGACCCAGAAAAGGUCCAAGACUUGUCCUUGAAGUCCGGGGCCCUGCAGGGUGCCGUCUGCAUUGAUUAUCCCUUCGAGCAUCGUUUCGAAAAUCUACACGUGGCGUACGACGGAAUCAACGGCGCCUUGCCCAAUCUCGAUCUUGUCAACACAGCCGUGUCUAUUGCUUCGGGGCAGAUGGGCAUCAGCACGUCCAUCCAACAUCAACACACGUGGAGUAAGCACGAGCAGUACAAUGCCUACCCUGUCCGUCUCCAAACGCUCCUACGUGGAAUGUCUUCCCAGGCGCUGGGUCAUGCCACCGGAGCCCACAGUAGCUUCAUGUCAUACCAUAUUGACGCCAUCACACUGACAGCCACGAAAGAAGGCUGGCAAGAUGAGAUGGCUUUCGGCCGGACGGUCGAGAGCAUUUGCCGGAGUCUGAACAAUCUGCUCGAGAAGCUGCACCAGAGCUUUUUCUUCUAUCUGUUGAUGCAGUCGAAUCGAUUCGUCAGCAUCGGCACUUACCUGCCUGGCGCCAUGAUCGUGGCCGCCGGCUACACCAUCAUGGCCAUCUACCUCUGGGUGCGAAGUGGCUAUCAACUCAUCGAGAAGAAAGCCGAAAACGCAAAUGCCAAAGCCGCAAAUGGGCCAAACGAGAAAACAUCGAGUGUAACAGGACAGCAACCCGGAAGCACCAUUACCAAGGUCGAAUUCAGACCCCUUGACAGGGCACUCACUCUUCCAAUCGCCGUCGUGACGGCCGUCCACCUGGCCUCCCUCAUACCACUCUAUCUGCUCAACUCUCUGAGCUCGAAAGCCAUGCCCACGACGUUCUUCCUCCUGAUCCUCGCGCUGCUCGUCCUCCCCGUGAUCCUCGCCUCCGCGCUCGCCGAAAUGCCCAACAACACCACAUUACCCGCUUUCUCCGCACCGACCACCGAACAAUACGUCCUCAUCAAGUCCUUGGGUCUCUUGGUCCUCGGCCUCUUCUUGACCGUCCUAGCAACUCUAAACUUCAGUCUCAGCAUGUUCCUCGGCAUCGUCUGCACGCCCCUGGCGUUUGUAGACCGAACGCCCUCAAGCCCUUGGCUGGCGUCCCUGCAGUACCUCAUUCUGGUCAUCAUGAGCCCUACGGGAGUAGCCGCCGGCCUUGGUGGAUACGGCAUGUCCAUCGGCAAGGAUGACUUGAUUGUGGUUUGGCUCCAACGGCUCGCGUUUGGCUGGAACGUAUGGGGCAGCUGGGGCGUGCCUAUCGGUGUUCUGUGCAUUUGGUUACCAGCUUGGGUAGUGAGCGCCGCCUUGGUGGCCAGCUCGUGGUUCAGCCCCGCCGAAGCGGCAGACCGAGCAACGGUUGAGAAGGAGGUCGCGGGCCGAAGCAAGCCCUGA